UCCGCGCGCAAUGGCGCUCGUGCAUGACCGAGUUCCCAGUUUCAACCACGGCGACCAUUGUGGCGGUGUUGCAGAACAGGAAUUUCAAAUACCGUGUUUGAACGAAGAAGUAAAGCGUGAAGAAACGCGUCAGAAGCGCGCGCUGAGGACGCGUGACGGGGACAAGGAAGGUGGAAGUGAUGUAGCGUGACGAACAGAGCGCCCGCACACCUGUGGGCUUCCUCGCGCCCUCCUGGAGACAGGAUCGCGAACGCUGAAAGGGCGGUGGGCGGAGCAACGCCGCUCGCGAGCGCCUCGUUCUUCUUCUGUUCGCGAGACGCCGAAGAAGAGGGAUGGCAGCCUGAGGAGAGAGCGCGAGCGAAAGAUCCACCCGGGGACGCGCUCCGCCGAUGGAGACGGGCACGGGGACGGAGACCGGCGGCACGGAGAUGGAGGAAGCGGAGGACGGAAGGACGAAGAGCCGCCAGUGGCGCUCCAAGGCCAGAGAGCAGGUCCACCUGAAGCAGAAGAUCCGCGAGCUGCCGGCGCUGCUCAAGCACGGGCUCACUCUGAGGAAGAGGAGUGUGGAGAACUCAGAAUCCAUUGAAGAUGCAAGUGCGUCCUUUGAUAAACAUAAGGGAUGUUCGGACAGCUUACCCUGUGCUGGGCGGGCUUUGAGGAACGCCUUCCUGUCACAUGGACCCUAUCCUGUUAAAGAUAGAGUCCAGUUUGCAAGGAUCCUCAGAAGGAGCUAUGUGGGUGUGGAGCUUGUGCAGUGGCUCACGGAGCAGUGUGCAUUCAUCCAGUGCCGGAGAACGGCUGCGGGAGUCUGGCAGGCCAUCAUGGAGCUGGGCAUCCUGUUGUCUGUGGAUCACCGGAUAUCCUUUGAGGACUCCAACACCUACUACCAGUUCUCCUUUGAGGAAUGUCAUGCUAAAACCUGUGAGUUCCAGGAUGAGGGAGAGUGGCAGAAUGGAGUGCGACUUCUGCUGCAACUGGUCCCGUAUGUCCCGGUACAGACCGGGAUGAGCAGCCCGUCCAAGGAGGAGGUGGAGGUACUACCAGAGGAGUGCAGCCGGAUCCUUCAGGUGGAGGCUCUGGAGCGUCUGACCUCCACGGUGCAGAAGGAGCUAGCCAUUGCUCUUGCGAGGAAAGCAAAGAACACAAGGGCCGAAGAGGAUGAACCCAAAUCUGCUGAGCAGACCAAGGAUGACUCUCAAAACCCUGCACAGUACAAGCAAGGGGGAUUCUGUGCCCUGCGCAACAAGGAGGAUGUGUCCCGGCUCGAGAUGGUCCAGAAGCUCGCAAAGGAUGGCUGCCGCUUUCUCCAGACCCAGGGUAUGAGAGUCUCCCAGCUAUCAGCUGAGGCUAACAGUCAGGAGGCACGAGUCAGUCUGAAGGAGCACAGCCGGGAUGUUCUGGUUCUCCAGCGUGUGCUGUCUGCGCAUCCGGCCUCCCCUGCCUCAGGGGAAGGAAGGCAGGAUGAAAAAGACAAGAGGUAUGUGGUCAUGUCCGGGACGCCGGAGAGGAUCCUGGAACACCUCCUGAGUGACUUGCAGCUGGAUGGCAACCAGGAGAUGACACAGUGCAAGGAGGCAGACAUGCUCUUGGAUGACUUCCUGCUGACGUACUUGGUGUUCAUGUCGACGAGCGACUUGUGUCAGGCGCUACUGGGCCACUAUUGUGCUAAGAAGCACAGAGGAAAGGAGGAGGGGAAGGAAGCGCUCUACAGGAAGCGUAAAGUGUUGCACCUGGUGUCGCAGUGGACUGGUCUGUACAGAGACUUUCUGCGGGAGGAGGAGCAUGUCAAGAUCUUCAUGAAGACUCUGUAUCGAUAUGUGUUGGAUGACCUGUAUGAAUUCCCAUCCUUGGAGAAAGACUUAAAAGAAUUUCAGAAGCUUCUGCGUACAACUCGAAGACACACAGUGGAUGAGUACUCACCACACAGAAAGAAUAAAGUGCUCUUCCAUCAAACAAGUGUGAAGGAAAACUGGCUGCAGUCAAGAGGAGCACAAAGGGAGAAGGAAGUGUUCUGCCAUGUCUACGUGACUGUGGACUCCUACUUCAGUGUGAAGAUCCCAGUGACAGCUGUGACCCAGGAGGUGCUUGACGCCGUGGCGGACAGGAUGGAGGGUGUGGAGGAGGACUUGGCACUGGUCACAGUGUCCUACAGUGGUGAAAAACUUAUUCUGCAGCCCCAUGAUAUGGUGUACAUGGACUCUUUAUCCAUUCCAAGGAGACUUCUCAUUUGCAGGAAGGAUUUCAGUCAGAUAAUGAGUCCACUCACAGACAACACAGAGCUCCAGCAAAGACCUGUUCGCAUGCUCAGUAUGAACACGUGGGACGUAGCUGUCGCCCUGACCAACUUUGAUUGGAGUCUCUUCAACUCUGUACAUGAGCAGGAGCUGGUAUACUACACGGUGAGCCGACAGGCCAGUGGGGGGCGCACUGCGGCGCUGGAGCUGCUGCUGCAGCGCUGCAAUGAGGUGCAGCUGUGGGUGAUGACAGAGGUGCUUCUGUGCUCCACACCUGCCAAGCGUGUGCAACUGCUCAAGAAAUUUGUGAAGAUCGCCGCCCACUGCAAAGCCCAACGAAACCUCAACUCGUUCUUCGCCAUCAUUAUGGGCCUGAACACGGCAGCGGUCAGUCGGCUGAGUCAGACCUGGGAGAAAGUUCCAGGGAAAUUCAGGAAGCUUUUUUCAGAACUUGAAAUGCUGACUGAUCCAUCCAUGAAUCAUAAAGUCUACAGGGACACAUUUAAGAAGAUGAAGCCUCCCAAAAUCCCUUUCAUGCCACUCCUCCUGAAGGACAUCACAUUUAUUCAUGAGGGCAACAAGACAUUUCUUGAUAACCUGGUUAAUUUUGAAAAAUUGCACAUGAUUGCUGAUGCUGUCCGUCUCAUUCGACACUGUCAGAUGGAUCACAUGGAAAAUGAGGUGGUCCAGAAGGAGAGCCCAGAAGUGAGGUCCUACAUCAGCUGCCUGCACAUCAUUGACAAUCAGCAGACAUUGUUUGAACUCUCACACAGGUUGGAGCCACGGGUGUGAGUUGGCCGCCUGCCUUAAGCGCUUUUGGGGAAGGAGAAGCCCCCCUGAAUAUGUUGAUAUACGACCAUUAGAAGUGAAAAUUAUGGGCUGGAUUAACUGCUGCUGAACUCAUUGCAGAGUCUGUUAAAGGCAAGCUAGACCUGAACUAUUGGAAGCGCCCUUUUUGGCCACUGGGGGGAGACGCAUCCUACACUGAUCACCAAAGGACACCUAGGAUGAUUUCAUCUGCUUCAUGAAUGCUCAGUCUAAAUCAUCACUGGAGUCCCCUGUUAUCAUCAAACAUCUUAUUAUAAAUUUCUAGUCUGAAAGUAUCCAAAAGUAAAAUAUAUUUCAGCGUUUCAAGGCUGUAUUGUUCUAUAAUGUCAAGACAGGUUCAUAUCUCAUGGCUGAAGCAACAUACACAUUUUCAGUUUCCAACUGAAACAACGUAUAGUGACAGUUCGGUGUCAAAAUCAAUCAGCAAUGUGAACAUGUUUAUGGAAUAACAGUAUUACCGUCUGUUAAGUGUUAUGAUAAUCAUUACCAACUGGCUGCCACAGGUUCCCUGUCCCUCAUCAUAGUCAUCCAGUUCGUCAUCAGCCAGUAUGACUGUUUCCCCAAUGCAGUGUAUGAGCAGAUACCAUCAUAUCCCUCCCCGUGUUCUCACACCCUUGUUGCACUUCAAAUUAUGCAAAUGUUGACCUUAAGGUUACUCUGUGUGUGCGUGCGUGAGAGAGAGAGAUGGAAUAAAUGCAUUGCAUACAAAAAUGACACAACUAUUAGUGCUCAACAUUCAGGAUAAAAGGCUUUUCUAUGCUGCUGUAAAAAUUCCAUGUGCAGCAAACUCUGCUUCCACACAGUACAUUAUUUUUAAUUUGUAGUUUGUCCAUGCCAAAUAUUAAAAUAAUUUAAACAACUUUUUACCUGUUUGAGAUGGUAAGCCAUUAUAUCAAGACGGAAUGUUUGAAUGGUAUAAAAGUAGCUAACACAGUGAAAUAGCCAAGUAAAGUAGGGGUGAUGCAAAGAGAUGUAUGAUUCCUUUGAUACUAAAUGAAUACAGGAUUCUCUCCUUUGAAAAUAUCAGAAGUACAAUGAUACCCACAAGAGCAUGUGGUAGGAGAAAUAAGCAAAAACUCCGGAACAUAUGCUGGGUCACAGUGAUCUUGCACAACAGUUUCAAUACAAGCAAAAUAACUGGAACAAAGAUAACAAAUUUAAAUUUUCAUUCCACAAGCAUUUCUUAUGGUUUUUUGUGCUCAGUUUUAAAAUGUAGCAUUGUUGUUUGCUAUGUACUUAUCAGUGUACAGUACAACUAAUGUUAUGCAAACAGGUAAUGUUUUGUCCAUGCUUUCAGACAGCUGAAACACUUCUGCUUUUGAGUGCACUGCAUGGUUUUUGUACCCAAAAAAUAGUGUGGUGCAGGACUAGAUAGGUUUAUGUGAUGCAUUGUUUUGUGGUAAACAAUGUUUUGGACAAAGUCAAGUCCUACAUAAACAGGAAGGAGUCGUUUUUUUCCCCCAAUUUUUGCAAGGAGAGUGUGACCGUAAGCAAAACCUCUCUAGAAGCAUCUGGGAAGUUGAGCAGAAACACUUUGCUGGGUUUACUCUAGGCACUUUCACAUUAGUGGACCCUUAUAUGGGGUGAGAAUCUGGCAUAGACAUGAAUGAUGUUUUUUUUUCAUGAAAUACAAAUCUUUGUUUUGCAGAGCAGUGAUUUAUUACACUUCUCUCAAGCAUUUAUUUUAGAGCUUAUUGAAAUUGCAUCUUUUUAGUGAAAUUCAGUUGCUGUUCAUAUAUAUAAAGUAAACAUGUAAAAUUACCAGGGCACUUAAGACACUGCUGUAUUUGUGUUUAAAGAAAGAAGUGUGUGUGCGUGUGUGUAUGCAUGUGUGCACAGACUAUUAGAUAUUUUAGGGAAUUUACUUUUGAGUCAGUAUCAGCUAUUUAUUUUAUACCUUUAUUUAUGUUGUACAAUAGUAACAUGUUUUAGUAUUUGAAAAUAAAAUAUAGUUCCUGUUCAUACAGUUGAAUAACACAGUAAUCCUUCAGAAAUAAGUAACUUUUUAAUGCAAAAGAUGCAUUUGUUUCAGUCUAUAUGACAUGGGUCUCAGAACACAUAGACAGACUGCUGUGCAUGGAAACAAAAUGCUUUGUAAUACUUCAACUGGAAAUAUGCUUACAAUGUGUGGGAGAAUACAGUAAUUUUUAAUGAAAAAUGAGAAAGCAAUACAUUUAUAGCAUGUUGGUGUUGCUUGUUCUUCCAAAGUUUUCUUCUAACUGUACAUAUUUUUGCAGUAUUUUAAAAAUGUAGUGACAGAUUAAAGGUUUUA